AGCAGGCCAGGCCUGUGUGCUUAGCAAUGGUGACUAUGUGGUGGCCCUGCCUUGUCUUGGCCCUGCUCUCUGGCUCAGAGACCUCUGGCUUUCCAAGAAGCCCCCUCAAGCUGCUAGAGAAGCGGAGCCUCCCAGAAGGGGUGGUCGAUGGCAUUGAGGUCUACAGCACCAAGAUUAGCUGCAAGGUGACCUCCCGCUUUGCUCACAAUGUUGUCACCACGAGGGCUGUCAACCGUGCAGACAAGGCCAAGGAGGUUUCCUUUGAUGUGGAACUGCCCAAGACAGCCUUUAUCACCAACUUCACCUUGACCAUUGAUGGUGUCACCUACCCUGGGAACAUCAAGGAGAAGGAAGUUGCCAAGAAGCAAUAUGAAAAGGCUGUGUCCCAGGGCAAGACAGCUGGUUUGGUCAAGGCCUCUGGGAGAAAACUGGAGAAAUUCACAGUGUCUGUCAACGUGGCUGCUGGCAGCAAGGUCACCUUUGAGCUAACCUAUGAAGAACUGCUUAAGAGGCACAAGGGCAAGUACGAGAUGUACAUUAAGGUCCAGCCCAAACAACUGGUCAGACACUUUGAGAUUGAUGCGCACAUCUUUGAGCCUCAGGGCAUCAGCAUGCUGGAUGCUGAGGCCUCAUUCAUCACCAAUGACCUUCUGGGAAGUGCCCUCACCAAGUCCUUCUCAGGGAAAAAGGGGCAUGUGUCUUUCAAGCCCAGCUUAGACCAACAGCGCUCAUGCCCAACGUGUGCAGACUCCCUCCUCAAUGGGGACUUCACUAUCGUCUAUGACGUGAACAGAGAGUCUCCAGGCAACGUGCAGGUCGUCAAUGGCUACUUCGUGCACUUCUUUGCACCAAAAGGCCUUCCAGUGGUGCCUAAGAACAUCGUCUUUGUGAUUGAUGUCAGCGGCUCCAUGUAUGGUCGGAAAAUCGAGCAGACCAGAGACGCCCUCCUCAAAAUCCUGGAUGACAUGAAAAGAGAUGACUAUCUGAACUUCAUUUUGUUCAGCGGUGAUGUGACCACCUGGAAAGAUACCCUAGUCCAAGCCACCCCUGCAAACCUUGAGAUGGCCAGGGCAUUUGUGAAGAAUAUCCGUGAUCAAGGAAUGACCAACAUUAAUGAUGGGCUGCUGAGGGGCAUCCAUAUGCUGAAGGAUGCCCGGGAGCGGAACCUUGUCCCAGAGAGGAGCACCUCCAUCCUCAUCAUGUUGACAGACGGGGAUGCCAAUACCGGUGAGAGCAGACCUGAAAAGAUUCAGGAGAACGUCCGGAAUGCCAUCGGGGGCGAGUUCCCUUUGUAUAACCUGGGCUUUGGCAACAAUCUGAAUUAUAACUUCCUGGAGACUAUGGCCCUGCAGAACCAUGGGCUUGCCCGGCGCAUUUAUGAAGACUCCGAUGCCAAUUUGCAGCUGCAGGGUUUCUACGAGGAGGUUGCUAACCCACUGCUGAUGAACGUGGAGGUGGAAUAUCCUGAGAACGCCAUCCUGGAUCUCACCAAAAGCAAUUACCCACACUUCUAUGACGGCUCUGAAAUCGUUGUAGCGGGGCGUCUGGUGGACAGCCACAUGGACAACUUCAAAGCAGACGUGAAGGGUCAUGGGGCUUUGAACGACCUGACCUUCACAGAGGAGGUGGAUAUGAAGGAAAUGGAUGCCGCCGUGAAGGAGCAAGGCUACAUUUUUGGGAACUACAUUGAGCGGCUCUGGGCCUACCUCACUAUCGAGCAGUUACUGGAGAAACGCAUGAAUGCCCAUGGGGAGGAGAAGGAGAACCUCACAGCCCAGGCCCUGGAGCUGUCUCUCAAGUACCACUUUGUGACCCCACUGACCUCCAUGGUGGUGACCAAGCCUGAGGACAAUGAGGACCAGACAUCCAUUGCCGACAAGCCUGGGGAAGAAGCCACCCAAGAGACCACGUCCAUGGCCUACUUGAGGCCAGUUGGCCUGGGAAGGCCUGUGGUACAGGGAAGGGCCCUUGGAGCUAGUCCACUUUCUGAUGUGCCCUCAGUGGAUGGGGAUCCUCACUUCAUCAUCCAAGUCCCAGAGAAAAAUGACACCAUCUGCUUCAACAUUGACGAGAAGCCUGGCACGGUGCUGCGCCUUAUUCAGGACCCAGUCACAGGCAUCACUGUGACUGGACAGAUCAUUGGAGACAAGGGAAGCAACCCUAACUCCAGGACAGGGAAAACCUAUUUUGGCAAACUGGGCAUCACCAGUGCUUGGAUGGACUUUCGGAUUGAGGUGACCACAGAGAAGAUCAUGCUGGGCAAUGGGGAUGCACUGAGCACAUUCAGUUGGCUAGACACAGUCACGAUCACGCAGAGUGGGCUGUCUGUAACAAUCAACAGGAAGAAAAAUAUGGUGAUAUCCUUUGGAGAUGGGGUUAACUUUGUGAUCGUCCUACACCAGGUUUGGAAGAAACAUCCGGUUCACCAGGACUUCCUAGGGUUCUACGUGGUGGACAGUCACCGCAUGUCAGCGCAGACACAUGGGCUGCUGGGCCAAUUCUUCCACCCCUUUGACUUUGAAGUGUUUGACACCCACCCAGGCUCUGACCCCACAAAGCCAGAUGCCACAAUGGUGGUGAAGAGCCAUCGGUUGACUGUCACAAGGGGCUCCCAGAAAGAUUACAGGAAGGACGCCAUGGUUGGCACCAAAGUCAUCUGCUGGUUUGUCCACAACAAUGGGGAAGGGUUAAUCGAUGGUGUCCAUACUGACUAUAUUGUCCCCAGUUUGUUCUAAGUAAACAUGGUGCCUUCUGCUGAAGUACAAGACUUGAACCCUCGGGAACAAGUGCUCGAUGUGUGGGAAGGAUGGGGGCAAUAAAGCAUGUAACCAA